CAAGCCUCUCAGCUGUGGUUCUGAUGAUCUGUUCUCUCAUCAUGACUGCAGGUUCUGGUUCUGACGGGUUCGGGUCAUGCUGUGGGUCAGGCAGACAAUAACCAUCUGUCAGUUCACGGGUCAGAACCGUCCAGUCCCGCUGGAGGUAAUUGGACCUCUCGUUGCCACGGAGACACCGGGAGCAGCAGAGGAGGAGUCAUCCGAUCCCGGUUCCGUCCAGAACCAGGAGGCCUGCUCCCGUACGGACCUGAKCCCGGGCCCGGUCCUGGUCCUGAUGGCAGCAUCAUGCCGAACCGACAGAAGCGGGUUCUGUUCUCCUGCUCCGGCUUCGUGGGGCUGUCCUGCGCCCUGAUGGCCGCCGUGGCCACCGGGCUGCCCUUCUGGGUCCACGGGUCCGUGCUGUGCCGAACCGGAGCCGAGCUGGUCAACGCCACGGGACCAGAACUGGACAAGUUCGUCGGGGAGCUGAGCUUCGGUCUGUUCCACGGCCAGAGGGUGAAGCAGUGCGGCCUGGGGGGCCGGACGGCCCGGUUCUCCUGUGAGUCCAAAUGUCUCAGCAGCUUCCUGGUGAUGGUUCUGUUUGGCUCGGAGCUGAAGGUCCUCCAUCUCUCUGAGAGGAUCUCCAACUUCAACGAGGAGAAGUUUGUCUUCCAGACCUUCACGGAGCGCUACGACCGAAGCUUCUGGCUCUUCCUCCUCAUCUUCUUCCUCCACGGAUUCAACAUAGUUCUGAUCCGCCUGGCAGGGAUCCAGUUCCCCUUCCAGGAGAACAAAGGGGUGGACCUGAGUGGGGGGGCAGCAGACCUCCUGUACUGACGGGUCGGGUUGAAGGUGGAUCAGAAUCAAACAGGUUCUGCUCUGGUUUCCUAGUCCUGACAGAACCAGUCCACCUGAGGAGCUUCAGAAAGAUUUUAAUAAAUCAGUUUUAGAAAGAGGCUGCAGGUCCAAGGUCAAACCCCCAAACCCGGAUCAGGUUUAUAGAUCAGGAUCAGGUUUAUAGAUCAGGAUCGGGUUUACAGAUCAGGAUUAGGUUUAGGAUCAGGUUUAUAGAUCAGGAUCAGGUUUAUAGAUCAGGAUCAGGUUUAUAGAUCAGGAUCAAGUUUAUAGAUCAGGAUUAGGUUUAGGAUCAGGUUUAUAGAUCAGGAUCAGGUUUAUAGAUCAGGAUCAGGUUUAUAGAUCAGGAUCAAGUUUAUAGAUCAGGAUCAGGUUUAUAGAUCAGGAUCAGGUUUAUAGAUCAGGAUCAAGUUUAUAGAUCAGGAUCAGGUUUAUAGAUCAGGAUCAGGUUUAUAGAUCAGGAUCAAGUUUAUAGAUCAGGAUCAGGUUUAUGGAUCAGGAUCAGGUUUAUAGAUCAGGAUCAGGUUUAUAGAUCAAGUUUAGGUUUAUAGAUCAGGAUCAAGUUUAAAGAUCAGGAUCAAGUUUAUAGAUCAGGAUCAGGUUUAUAGAUCAGGAUCAGGUUUAUAGAUCAGGAUCAGGUUUAUAGAUCAAGAUUAGGUUUAUAGAUCAAGAUUAGGUUUAUAGAUUAGGAUCAAGUUUAUAGAUCAGGAUCAAGUUUAUAGAUCAGGAUCAGGUUUAUAGAUCAGGAUCAGGUUUAUAGAUCAAGAUUAGGUUUAUAGAUCAGGAUCAAGUUUAUAGAUCAAGAUUAGGUUUAUAGAUCAGGAUCAAGUUUAUAGAUCAAGAUUAGGUUUAUGGAUCAGGAUCAUAGAUCAGGAUCAGGUUUAUAGAUCAGGAUCAAGUUUAUAGAUCAGGAUCAGGUUUAGGAUCAGGAU